AUGGCCGAGGCGUCCGAAAGUUCCGCGGACCCCACUUCGAUCGCGAAUUCGGUCGUGAGCGACAUAAAAGAUGACGAGGGCCCUUCUCCGAAAAAGCGUAAGACCGCUUUCGACGAAGAGCCGUCCGAGAAGUUAGAGCAUAGGCUGGGAGGCAUUUUGUGUUGCGCAGUUUGCCUGGAUCUGCCUCCGGCCGCCGUUUACCAGUGUAGCAACGGGCACCUCAUGUGCGCCCCUUGCUUCACACACCUCCUCGCUGACGCGCGGCUCCGCGACGAGUCAGCCUCCUGCCCCAACUGCCGCGUCGAGAUCUCCAAGACGUCAGCCUCUAGAAACCUCGCCGUCGAGAAGACUGUCUCCGAGCUGCCCUCAGAAUGCAAGCAUUGCACCCGAGUCUUCCCGAGGCAUUCUCUCCAGCAUCACGAAGAGAGGACUUGUGAAGAUAGGUUGACGGGGUGCAAGUACGCCUGUAUCGGCUGCGGCUGGCGCGGGCCGGCCCACGAGGCGCCGUCGCACGAGGUGGCGUGCACGCAUCCCAACAAGUCGGCAGCGGACGUGGUGGGCGUGCUCGGAGACCGGGAGAGGCUCGCCGACGACCAGACGCGCGUCUACACGCAGAUAUUCGAAUUGCUCUCCUAUGAGAAAAUCACUUUCAAUGACCUGCAGCUGAAGCCGUACCGCACCGAGGAGUUCGUGCACAAGCUGUACUACGAGACGCUGCGGUUCCCGUCGUUCGGGCACCAGUGGGUGGUGAAGGCCUUCAUAAACAACAACCAGCCGCACCCGACGCACACGGCCCGUCGCGAGAUCACCUAUCAGCUGAUUCUAAAGAGCAAACCGCAGUGCGAGCUGGCCGUGCAGUGGGUGUGGGCACGCGGGCCCUUCGGCGAGGCGAGGCUGGCGCCGCACGUCGGCUCGCACACCUUCCGCGACGACGACGAGCCCGCGCCUCGCCCUCUGCCGCUCGCCGACCCAGACGACGCCAACCGACUGCUGUCCAAUAAGGCCAUCCACUUCAGACUCAUCAUGUUUUUGACGAACAAGUAA